AUGUCAACACCAUCCCCAUCCCUCAGAGGAUCUCCUCUCAAAACAAGCUCAUCAUUCACAAUAACACGAUGGGUAACACUGGCAAUUGCCAGCGGCGCAUUCGCAGCUCUCAACGGAUUAUUCGCUAAAUUAACAACGACUGAAUCCACCGGAUCCGCCGCAUCCAAAAUCGCACAUGCAUUUAACCUCCCCGAAGGAAUGGUUGAAAUCAUUGUUCGAGCUAUAUGCUUCGGCCUCAACCUCCUCAGCAACUUCAUAAUGUGGGCUUUAUUCACCCGCGCCCUAACCGCCGCCCCUUCCACAACAAAAGUAUCAAUUACAAAUACUUCUGCGAAUUUCCUUGUUACUGCGGUAUUGGGUAUGAUUGUUUUUAGGGAGAGGGUUGGUGGGUUGUGGUGGCUUGGAGCUGUUAUGAUGGGUGCUGGGUGUAUACUUGUGGGCAUGAGGGAUGAUAGUACUAGUCAUAAAGAGGUGAGUGAAGGGGAGGGUGUCGUUCCGAGUGUGGAUGGGGAUGAUGAGGUGGAGACGAUUACGUUGAGAGAGGAUGGGUUUGAUGAUGAGAUAGAGCCUGAACCGUAUCGGGACGAGGUUGAACGGUGA